GACCGGAGGAGCCACCGCGGGAGGUAGACCGGCUGUCUUGGAGCAGUCCGCCGGCAGAUGUAGGCGGCCUUCUUGAAUAGUGUGAGGGCCGGGACGCGAGGCCCUCUGCAUUUUUAAGGCCUUCAGACUUCUGCGGCCGGCUGGACCCGAUGCACGUAGGCCUGGACCCUUCCCACUGCUGAGCCAACGGGAACGUGGAACCUCUGUGGAUCUUCCAAUAGAGAGCGCUCGGCCGUGGGCAGGCGGGGCCUCUGAGCCUCGGAGCACCUGGAGCCCAGCACCGGAGGCAGAUUUUGCUUAAUGAAGCAGAUUUAAGCAGUCACCUUGUUUGGGCCUGUUCUUCAUUGCCAGUCUCUUCAAAUUCGUCACCGCUGUGCACUGCUCCUCCAGGCUCAGAUCCUGCCGGAAAAAAAAAAAAAAUCACAUGAAUUUUUGUUGGUAGAUUCACUACCUGAACAACUCCCUGUCAAAACCUCUGCUGGGAGCAAUACAAAAACUGGCUAAUCUCCUCAAGGCUGGGCAGGCCCCAGCCCUCAGAAUGAACCCAAGUGUUCCACCUGCUGUGCUGUCUAGACUCCCAGCAAGUGCAGCACCGUCCACUGUGCCUUUCAGACCACCACCAACAGGACUGUUUCCUUCCAUCCCCCUAGCUGGACUACUGCCAAGACCCCCAGCACCCUUUCUUCCUUCUGGACCAUCAUGUCCCCAACCUAGAGGUCCUUACCCAGCCUCUGCUAUACGAGGCCCCAGCCCCACAGGGCCAUAUGCUACACCAAAUAUGCCCUUUCCAGAGCUACCUAGGCCAAAUAGUGCACCCACAGAUCCAGCUGCAGCUGGUACUUUAGGUCCACGGGGACCUGUGCCUUCUGGACCUUGGGCACCAGGAAUAGGAGGGCAGCAUCCUAAUAUGCCAUAUCUGUCUCCAGGGCCAUAUCCUACUCCUUCUCCUCCAUUGUCAGGACCACCGCCUGUUCCAUGGGGCAGAGUGUCACCAGGACCCUGGGGACCACCAGCACCAUAUCCUGCCCCUGCGGGAUCAUAUCCUACCCCAGGACUCCAUCCUACUCUGAAUGAUCCUUACCAAGUGUCUCCAGGACCUUCUGAUGCUCCGCCAAUGCCUGCUGAGCCCCAGAAAAUAAACGAAGUCCCAGAUGGCUCCCAUUCUGAUACAUCUAACCAGGAGAGCACCCUGGAGACCACUGGACAGGCAAAGCACCUGAAGGUAGACAAGCCAAUUAAGAGGAGACGGUCUAAGAAAAAGAGUAAGCCAGUAACCUGGGGCGACAUCAAGACUUUAACUCAUGAAGCUGAGACUUUGGGGAAACAGCAAGGAUAUAAUACUACUGACCCCAAAAUGAUGCUGUUAUGUUUGAUGACUAUAUUACAUGUUAAUUCUCAGCGUGAAAAUGUAGACCUCAAAUGACUUUUUUCAGAAAGGGGGGUAAGAGGCAUACCUGUAAUAAAUAGUAUGAUGUUGUUUUGCCAAAAAAAAAAAAAAAAAAAAGCACCCCCCCUCCCCCAGUCAACAUUUUUGUUCUGGGCUUUGUCCAAUUUUGCAAGCUUUGUUGUUUGUGGGGUACCUUCAAGGGACACAGUUAGGUCUUCCAUUUUCAGCAGGAUACUAACCAGCAUCAAGUUCUGGCCUGCUCUAGAUGCAGAACACAGAAGCAGUAACAGCCAAAGGCUUGACAGCAGCCUUAGUUCCCAUUAGGAUCUGCCCCUGUCCUUCCAGAUCAGUGGUCAGGGCCACAGCCCUUUCAUGGUUGGUGGUGAAGACCAGGCCAGAACCACUUAGCACUGAGACUCACUGGAAAUGAAGCUUUCCUGAAGGGAUGGGCACCUGCCUCUCCUGGGGUGCUAGGAGGUUUAGUCUCUCAGACCUGUCACCCUUCCAAUUAGACACUCCUUUACUGUCAUAAGUUUCCUUGGUUGGCGUGGCAGGGUUCUGGAGUCCCCCAGCAUAGCCAGAGUUGCCUCAGGGAGGCUUCCCUCUUCAGAUGCCACGUGCACCUUCUGUGUGGCAUGUGCUGGUGGCCUCAGGCAUGACUGUUAGGAUGAAAAUGCAAUGGCAGGAAACCGGUAUCUCCAGAGAUGGUGAAAGGGAUUCACCACAAGGUGGCGCUCGUGUACUCCAUUGUAAAGGAAUUUUUUUUCCCAAGGUAACAAUUUUUGUUUACACAUUAU